AUGCAAGAAUGGAUCCCGUUGGAUAAUAUGCCGGGAUAUAUUAGUGGAUUUUUAUCUGUUCUUUCUGGGGCUUUUGGUUUAUCCUUGCUUUGUACGUCGACCCCUGCCUCUUCCGCGUCCGGGAUCGUAGCAUCUGCCCUGGCGUUUUCAAUUAUUGCUAUGGCUACUUCUGCAGCCGCGUUUCUUGUCAAUAUCAACUCGAUUCUUCAACUCGACAAUCAGGGUGAUACUUAUUUGUGGAAGAUUAGUGUGGAUGAAGAAGUAAUGAACCUCUUUCAAGAAGAAACAAGACAAAAAGACAUUGGCUUCAUUAUGUUAGCUGUUUCUGCUUCAGUUAACAUCACCAAUUUCAUUAUUCAACUAUCCACGGCAUUUGUCAUUUGCUGUAGUGUCCCGGGUUUUUGCUGUGCCCCUUCCGCUACAGAUGUAUCUAUGGAAAAGGGUGAGAAGAAUUACGCCCUAGACGAGGCUGGUUCUGUUGGAAAUGUCGACGACCUAGCGUCAUUUGUCUCUUCUGGCUCGAUAGAACUUCCUUUCUACAACGGAAUGUAUGCUAAUGGAAUGCCUGCUAUUCCAGAUGGCCAGGCACCAGCCCCAGAGUCUUAUCAAGACAUUCCAGCGCCAGACUACUCCAACAGCUGA